AUGAAUGGUCUAUGCAAAUUUGUGCUUUUCAACAUUCUGACAUGUUUUGGACAAACUGUCCACGGGAGUGUCAUCAUACAUGGAGAAAAAGCCCCAAACAACUCGAUGUUGUACAUGGUCUCAGUACAAAACUUUUGGGGUCAUGUAUGUGGAGGAUUUCUGGUCAGCGAGGAUUAUGUAGUCACAGCUGCACACUGUAAUGAAGGGAAACCUGAUCGUGUUCUUCUGGGAACCCAAAAUCUACGGAGGCAGAACAUUAUGACAAUGAAAAUUGAAAGCAUGUGCAAAUUCCCAACUUAUAAAUCCGUUGGACUUGGUGAUGAUCUCAUGCUCCUUAAAUUGUCUGGGAAAGCUCCCCUUAACAACGGACUGAAAACAAUUCCACUUCCAUCACCUGAAAUGAAUCUCACAGAAAAUCAGAUCUGCUCUGUGGCUGGAUGGGGUAAAACCGAAACCAACCCCUUUGGUAAUGUGGAUGAUCUGAGAGUGGUGAAUGUGUCGCUUUUAAAUUCUCAACUCUGUCGGGCGAUUUGGGGGGAUAACUUUCCUUCCAAGGUGAUCUGUGCUGGUGGAUAUGGUACCAACAAAGGAUUUUGUCAAGGUGACUCCGGUGGUCCUCUGGUAUGCAACGGGAUCGCUUUUGGUGUCGUGUCAUUCAACAAAUACGCCAACUGCAAUUACCCAGAUGUACCCAAUGUCUAUACAGACGUCUCCAAAUAUAUUGAAUGGAUUGACAAGAUUAUGAAAGCUAAGAAAUGUGUGUCGUAA